AUGUCUCUGCACUACCUCCCCCCCGUCAAGCCCUCUGCCAUCGCCCUCGGCACGGCCUUCAACCACGGCAUUGAGCUCGCCGUCCUCGCUCCCAUCUUCGGCCAGACCUACCAGCGCGCCAAGGCUGCCAACACCAAGGAGGAGUUCAUCCGCUCCAAGGAAGCUUCCGGUGCUGCUCUCGCCUGGGGCUCUUCCCUCAUUGGCUCUGCUCUUCAGUCUUAUGGUGUCGGUGCUCUCAUCAACGCCACUGGUACCUUGAGCUACAAGGGUGCUGCUUACCUCGGAUCCCUCAUCUUCUUCGCUACCUCUGCUCCCGGCUACAUUGCUCAGAUCUUCGUUGAGAAGCGACCUCUCGACACCGUCGGCGUCAGCCUGGCUACCAAGCUCGUCGAGACCCUCGGUCUCUCCGUCUUCCUCACCUGGUGGGGAACCCGAACCAACCCUUUUGAGUAA